AUGGUGGAAAACGUCGAAGUUUUGGCUUCACUCAAGCAGCCUCUGAAACCAGAACUGAUCCGACUCCAACCACCUCCUAUGCCGACGUCACAAAUUGCCGUUGCCGAAGAUUCACUUAGUAUCCCCCCAGAGGAAUUUAUUUGGCUGUAUCCCAUCACUUUAUCGCAUGAGUUCCAUUGGGAUUCAACCAUGGGCUCCAGUCAAUCGGCUCCCAACCUUGAGAUUCAACAACUAGCAUCUCUGGCUCUGACGACUUCGCUCACUGUCGCUCAAAGGGAAGAGCUAAUCCGCGUGAUUAAAGACAAUUCCAAAAGUGUCAGCUUCUCUCCCGAAGAUUUUUCAAGAUUAGUGAACGAAAAUCCAAUAAUAGCUACCGAGUACCUCACAUCCAUCCAAUUAGAGGAUGAAUUGGACCUGUUCUUAGCGGCUCUUUUGGAGAUGGAUCUAAAUGUCGGCCUACUAGAAGUCAUAAAUCAAACCUCUUCGCGCAUGAAACUUCCAAAUAAGUUUGUCCUCAAUUGUAUCCCAUACGUUCUCACGAAAUGCCAAAAUAUAGAGGACAAGAAUGCCCAGAUGCGAAUCGCACGGCUAGUGUGCUUGUUUACGAUGUCAUGGCUACGAAAUAAGACUCUCAGUAUCAACAAUGCUAGUAUCUUCACAGAAAUUGAGUCCUUUUGCUUGGCAUUCUGUAAAGUCAAGGAGGCCAAUCUCCUCUAUCGUCAAGUGAAAAAUCUUGAAUCCGGGACGCCGGCAGACAAAGAUUCAUAA